AUGUCGCCAAAGAAGAACAAUCGCAUAUCGCUGUACGAGCCACCACUUUUGGCUCUUCCGCAAAGCCCAGCGCAAAGAGAAAACUAUUAUGUCAUGGAUGCAUCGUUUGCAUUAAUGUCAACAGACGAGGAACCCGAAGCAGAAAAGACUGUUUAUGAG